CGACGAAGAAGUCAGAGGCGCAUGCGCAGUAACCUCAGGUAACGAGUAGUAGCCAAGUAGACGUUAGCAGUGUAUUAAAGUACGUGGCACCAAACUUUUGACAUGGAAGUAGCAGCAUUAAUCGCCUUGACUUUAUUACUGGGUGCACUGGUUAUACUGGUCGCAUUAGCGGUAGGUAAAAGGAAAGAAGAAAUAAGAGAGGAACUAGAGCAAGCGGCGGAGUUGACCGCUGAAGGCAGCAGUGCAAAGGUUCCUGCAUCCAAGAAACCAAAGCAGGAGAAGCUGCGCAGCCGAAAGGAUAAAGCUUCACUGCACACGUUCAGCCAUCAGCUGCUAGCAGCCUCACUGAAGAGCCACAGUGCGAAUGUGACGUGUCUGGACUUCAGCAGUAAUGGGAAGUACCUGGCCUCCUGCGCCGACGACCGCACCGUCCGGAUCUGGAGCACCAAAGACUUCCUGGAGCGGGAACACAAGUGUCUGCGGGCCAACGUGGAGCUGGAUCAUGCCACGCUGGUCCGCUUCAGCCCCGACUCUAGGGCAUUCAUCACCUGGCUGGCCAACGGAGACACCAUUCGAAUAUUCAAAAUGACUAAAAAGGAGGACGGCGUUAUGAACUUCAAAGCUGCUCCUGAGGACUUCCCUCAGAAACACAAGGCUCCGAUCCUCAACAUCGGCAUUGCAGAGACAGGAAAGUUCAUCAUGACCGCCUCCACCGACACCACCAUCCACAUCUGGGACCUGAAGGGGGAGAUCCUGGCCUCCCUCAACACCAACCAGAUCACCAACUCUUACGCUGCUGUGUCCCCCUGUGGCAGGUUCGUCGCCUCAUGUGGCUUCACUCCUGACGUCAAGGUGUGGGAGGUUUGCUUCGGGAAGGGAGGAGAGUUUAAAGAGGUCGCACGAGCUUUCGACCUGAAGGGCCACUCUGCAGGAGUUCAUGCUUUUGCCUUUUCCAAUGACUCUCACAAAAUGGUGACCGUUUCCAAAGACGGGACGUGGAAGCUAUGGAAUACGAAUGUGGAGUACAAGAUGCAGCAGGACCCCUACCUCCUGAGGACGGUGCCCUGUGCAUCUUCUGAAGGCAGCCGGGCGGCGCUGUCUCCGGACGGCCGGGUGGUGGCCAUCAGUGACGGCUGCAACGUGGCGAUGUACAACGCCACAACCGGCCAGCUGGAGGAGGAAAUGCACGGCGUCCACAGCGAGGAGAUCAACGACCUCAGAUUUGAUAUUACCGGACGAUUCUUAGCGUGCAGCGGCGACAAAGCCAUCCGAGUGUUUCACAAUGCCCCCGGCUACCGGGCGGCCAUCAGAGACAUGAAGGACAUGCUGAAAAAAGCCCAGAAUGAGGCCAUGAAGCAGAGACUGCAGCAGCAGAUCACAGAGGCUCAGAGCACGCUGGACACUGUGCUCGCUGCUCCCUCCGAGUGAAGGAGACCUGAGGAAAUACUGUGAUGGUCUUAAAGUCUAGACUCUUGAUGCUAAUUGUUUUUGCAACUUCAACUCUCCCUCUGCCAAUUAAUGUUUUGGUCGGGGAAUUAAAGAAUGUGCAUGUAGUUUUAAUAAAGAACAUCUUUUUAUGGAAAAAUGAAA